AUGGCGGCCAACCAAUCCCAACCACCACUACCCGCUAGCGCCCGAGUCGCCAAUAUCCCAGAACUCCUUGAAAAGAUCCUCCUCCGCCUCGCAUCAAACGAGUCAGAGGGCCUGCGCACUCUUCUCCUAAGCCAGCGCACCUGCCAUGCCUUCCGCGACCAAAUUACUGGCGCGCCAUCUUUACGACGUGCUCUUGGUUUCGAGCAAACCUUCCUAUCAGCACCAGGAUGCCCAGAACUGAAUCCACUCUUCCAAGACAGUGACGAGCAGCCUAUCAACCUAGCCGAUGGAACCAGCCUCGAAGUCACAGUCGACUGGCGCAAGAUUUUCGACGAUUUCCAUGUGAGACCUAUCACAACAUCCGAACAUUCAGUCCGCAUCACCCGCUAUGCCGACGACGGAGCGAAGUACCGGGAAUCGAAUGCGAAGACUUCUUACAUGAAAACUCAUGGUUCUUGGCGCCAGAUCCGGAUUUUUCAAGAGACUGGAGGACCGAAAGUUACGGAAUUGGAGCGCGGUUGCGUCAAUGCGGUUGGAAAUGUUUUUGUCGAGGAUUGUGUUUAUGGGGAGUGGGAGAAUCCUACGCUGGGAGAGGUCUUCGAUUUGUUGUACUAUAAGGAGCAUGCGAAGCCACUUGCUACCUAG